CACAAGCAACCAUUACACACACACAAGCAGCUCAAACUUUGAUACCAAGCGUACACGAGACGCGACAAGCACAAGACUCUUGCAAGCGCCACACCCUAGCGCCCCAGUCCGCGACCCAGCUCGCCAGCAAGGCUCCAAGAAGGCCUCAAGCCGAGACGAACCUUCUUUCACGAACGCCUGACAAGCACACCAUGUCGGCCACUACUGCUGCUGCCCCCAAGAUGGACACGACCACGACUUCGAGCUCGCCGGCCGUCAGCCCAGCGGCGGGCGUGGUGUCCAACCUCGUGGAGUCGCUCACCGCUCUGGGCGUGACGCUCAUCUCGCCACUCCUGCUGCUGUUCAUUGCGGCGCUGUCAGUGUUCCGCGGCAUCCGCAACUACGGCCGCACCGAGAUGGGGUGGCGCUCGUAAGCAACGGCCGUAAGCAACGGCCAUUGCCGCCGUGUCCGGGCCGUGGAACCCGCCGCCCCGUCGUCAGCAACUCCCCGACUCAUCCAGUCUUGGCAUAGGCCUCGAUACUUGUCCGCUUGGAAACCUGCGGCCAAUGGGUACUGGCGGUGGGACACGACCGUUGGCGGCCCUCGAUGUUUGAUGAGGGUAGCGUGUGUGAGCACGUGUGUGAGCUGGAGAGAUGGACCAUGGCUGCGAGAAUCGGGCGGGUCGUGGUUGGGGAGGUGUGGUCUUCCCCACUCCAACAUGCCUGCAACUUGCAUAUUGUUUUGUGUUUUUGGAGCAUCCACGCGCCACUUCCUUUACUAAACUGAGAUUGGACUGGGCAGCAUGCACCCCCCUGGGGCUCGCGCGCCAUCACGCAUCUUCCUGCCUGUCCCACGACGUGUGUACUUUACACCGCGACUCGACGUCUGGCAAUAAAAUAGUCUGAUUUCUAAUUCAUCACCGUGCUGUCCGACAACAGUUGGUGGUGUGGGGGGUGGCUGGGGAAGACAUGGCAGCUGUGCGUAUGAUGACUCGGCGGCUCCUUGCACGCUCGGCAUGCAUGCUAUCAGGUGGCCUUCCCCGAGGGAGUACGGGAGGACACCAUAAUAGGCUUUUGUCUUAUGUGUACUUUUUUGCAGGGGUUACAUCGUGAAGGUAGAGGAGGCGGUUAAGUGUUUAGGUUGGACUGUCCCUAGCCGGGCACGUGCACGGCGCAGCACACAGACUUGACGCAGACAAGACAUGCAUGCAUACCGUAUGUAUGGCGCCCAUAGGGCCGCUGGCAGGGUGAAACGAUGGUGAAUUCGUUUUCUGGGGCAGACUUCGCAACAGGUCUUUCUGUUCCGGAACGCCCCGCCAGGGACCGCGCCGGAAGGCCUUGCACACGUGGGGCAGGAGUUGCUGACCCCGUGAGGCGGGGCCAUGUACGACACAUGUAGACCUGACGAUACUCGGAGGUGCAGAUGGUGGGUAUUAGACUGGAGAACGCAACAUAAGGCGAUGCCUUGUAACAUUAACCGGUU